AAAGUUUUACAUCUUUUUCUGUUCCACAGUCUGUGAAUAUUAUGCACAUCUGGAUUGCCAAGACUUUGUGGUCAGUGACUGCAUGGAAUGUGCAACCUACUUCCCUCAGAGAGACAGAAAUGUGAUUCACUACCACCACUGGCGAGAAGGCAACCUGCCGCCCAACUCCAAGUGUGUGGCGUGCAAGAAGACAUGCUGGUCGUCCGAGUGCCUGGCCGGCAUGCGCUGCGAGUGGUGUGGAGUCUCGGCUCAUGCUACCUGCUACCGCUCCCUACCUGUAGAAUGCAAGUUUGGGAGUCUCAGAGAGAUUCUGCUCCCGUCUAGCUGUCUAACGAUUCCGAGGCUCGAUGUUCCCAUGGAAACCAUCCUGGGCAUCAGUCGCAAGUCGACUUUUCCAGCGCGCACUGUUUCAGAAGAGUGGUCCUCUAGUGGUGACUCAAAGACGGAGGACGAGGAGAGGGAGAGACGGUCGCCCAGGGAGAAAGACGGCAGAGACAAGGAUAAGGAAGAUUGUGAAAUCAUCCGAGUGUUUGAUGGCAACGCCUCCCUGAAGAAGCGCCUGUACCGCACAAUAUCUGUGCCCAGAAACGCAACUGUACAGGCCAUCUUGGAGGCAGCUCUUAAGACAUUCCACAUAUCAGACGAUCCAAAAAACUAUUUCGUCACAGAAGCCUCGGAGUCAAGCCUUGCAGGUGAGCGGGAGCUGGAGGAGAGCAUGCCGGUCCGCUCGCAGCUCAAGACGCCUGACGGCAAGCGGCCCUCCAUCUUCCUCCGCUACAAGGAGCAGAAGGACAGCGGCUGCAUCAAGGUCUACCCUGGAGGUCUCAGGACAAAGACCCGGAGAGCUUUGAGCUGAUCGAGGUUCUCCUGGACAAGGGUGUCACGGAACGGAAGGUGGAGCGCACCGCCAAACCGUUUCAGAUUAUGGUGCACAGUCGCAGGGAGUCGCUACGUCAAAACCGCAUGACGAGGUUCUAUUUGCAACAAAAGGAAGACCCUCACGGGCCGAGCAUAUCUCUGUAUGUCGGCAAUCUGCCCACUGGUCUCUCUCAAAGGCAGUACGAGAAGAUCCUGGUGGACAUUAUUGGGAAAGAGAACAAGUGGGAGCGGUUUGACGGAAUCUACUACGAGUACGGCUCUCUGGUCCUCAUCUACACAAUACCUGAGAUUGCUACUACAGUCUUCAAUAUAUUACAGGAGUCCACCUUUGAUGACAAGCAAAUCUUAGCUCUACUACUACCUAAUAUACAACCCCACAUGAUCCCAGACUAUGUGAAACCCUUGAUGGUCUUUGUCAAUGUGAAGAGCGGGGGAUGCCAAGGUCUGGACCUCAUCACUUCCUUCCGGAAACUUCUCAACCCUCACCAGGUCUUCAAUCUAGAGAAUGGAGGACCUUUGCCAGGCUUGUACGUGUUCCGUAACAUCCCCUACUACAAGAUCCUGGUGUGUGGCGGGGACGGCACCGUGGGCUGGGUGCUCUCCUGUCUAGACAACGUGGGCCAGGACGCCGAGUGCCAGUCUCCACCCAUGGCCAUCGUUCCACUGGGCACCGGGAAUGAUCUGGCGCGAGUGUUGCGAUGGGGCCCGGGCUACACCGGAGGGGAGGACCCGCUCAAUGUGCUACGAGAUGUCAUAGACGCAGAAGAGAUCAAACUGGACCGCUGGACUGUUAUCUUCCAUCCGAACGAGAAGGAGCAGGAUGAGACCAAGAUGGCCAUCGCCAACGACACAAACAGCGCCAACACCACGGAGGACCCGACCAGCAUAUUCGUCAUGAACAACUACUUCGGCAUCGGCAUUGACGCAGAGCUCUGUCUCGGCUUCCACAUGGCUCGCGAGGAGAAGCCGGACAAAUUCAACAGCAGGUUGCACAACAAAGGCGUUUACCUGAAGAUUGGGCUGCGCAAGAUGGUGAACCGCAAGAUCUGCAAGGACCUGUACAGGAACAUCAAGGUGGAGGUGGACGGCAAGGCCAUAGAGCUGCCUCCUGUUGAGGGCAUUGUCAUUCUCAAUAUUCUUAGCUGGGGUUCUGGAGCCAAUCCGUGGGGCCCUGAGAGAGACGACCAGUUCAACAAACCGACCCACUACGAUGGGAACUUGGAGAUUGUUGGGGUCACAGGGGUCGUGCAUAUGGGCCAGAUUCACGGAGGACUCCGCAAUGGCAUACGCAUUGCUCAGGGUGGCCAUCUCCGCAUCACUCUCCUGUGUGACAUGCCGGUCCACGUGGAUGGGGAACCCUGGAUUCAGCCUGCUGGACAGGUCAUUGUGCUCAGGUCGGCUCUCAAGGCGACCAUGCUGAAAAAGAGUAAAAACAAGAUCAAACGCCGCAACACAGAGCCAAGCAUCUUCUUCCCAGAAAAUGAACCACUGCAAGCCUCCUCCCCUACAGAAGAGUCUACCGGACCUCUUUAACUGAAAUUGUGCAGGGAGAUAGAAA